AAAGUGUGUAAACUAUUAAGUACAUCAACGUUACUUAAUAAUUGUAUUGAAUUAAUCAGACUACCACUUGGUGUAUAAUUUAAAACUGAUAUGGGAAACAAGUGUUAUAAAUAUCAAAUGGCAUCAUAAGUCACGUGUUCUUGUUUGUGAGUAUCCACGUGCUGUUGAUUAAAAAUAAUAAUUUAAUAUUUAAAAAUAGUUGUGGUCAAUUGAGGCUUAUAACGGAUCCAAUUUAUUCUAUUCACAUCACCGGCAAGUUGGAUUGGAUUAUUAUACAACCGCCUACCAAAUGGAUAAAUAAUGAAAGAGGGCAUUGAACUUAUUUUUAUAUAUAUUUCUAUCUAUCUAUAUAUAUAUAUAUAGGUUAAUUCUGAAUGGUAUUUAUAUAUACGUACACAUAUUUCCUUGAACUGCAAUUGCAAUAAUAAAAAUGUACAUAAACAACAUCGAAGACAAAGUAGCGGGCAUUGAAGAGGUACAUCGGUUUGUAAUGGCAACAGACAUCAGCAACAGUCCAGGUGCAGUUAUAAUUAGAGCUAGCGGAUAGUUCAAGUGCGAAGGGGCCAUAGCACAAGGCAUCAGCUAAAGCCUUGGUAUUAUAUCGUGUUGAAGUUUAAAUUCUCUCGACUAUACCAUCUUGACUUAACUACAAGUUGAGAAGAUAUCCAGCGACGUGGGCAAUUAUUGCGGUUUCUACUCGAUCAGUAUCGUAAAUCAUGUCAGAUGAGAUUGGAACCAGUCGAUUGAUCUUUGUGUACACAGCUAUUUAAAUAAAUAUAUUUAUUUAUUAUUAUUAUUACUAAUUACUAAUUAUUUUUAUUAUUUAUGUUUGUUAAAUAAUAAUCAGGCGUAAUAAUGAGCAGGUGUGAUGUAGGAGAAGAAUCAUCAUCAUCAUCAUCAAUAAUUAAAAGCGACUUAGGCCGGGCCACAAGAAUGGCGAGAUUAAAAUUUCUUGUUGGACUGAAUGCUACUGAUGAUGACUCGAUGGAUAACAGGGAGGAAAAUGUGGUGAUAAAUGUAAAUAAGCUUGCUGAAGAAAGUAUUGGUACACAUAGUACAGGUAGAGGGGGUAACGAUGGUAACCAAGUUGGUACUGAUGGUGUAUUAGUUAAUGACGGUGAAGUAUUGUACCAAAAUAACGCAGAGGUAGCCUUGAAUAGUUUCAGCAAGUUGUGUACACAGUCGUUGGAUACACCCGCUGCUAAUAGUUGUAGUAUAACGUGUCCAAAUAGUCCAAGUAAAUCGAGUAAUCCGAGUAGUCUUGGUGAUAAAAAUAUAAUGAGUAUAAGUGAGGGAGUUAGACGCAGACACAGUACCAGUGUUGAAAUUACCGCGUUGACGAACGUUAAAACUGGACAGGACGGUAUGCCGGUUAUAAGUUUUAGUUUUUUACAUAAUGACGACAUUGAUACUGGACCGGAAGCUGCUGGUAGUGAAAGUGUUAAGAAAGAGAAGGAUCCAAACCAAAGCGGCUCGUACGAGUUGUAUGAUUUUCCAAAAACACGUGGCCUUGAGUCCAAACCUAGGUUAGGAGGCUAUGAAAACACCGCAAAAUCUGACCAAAGAUUAAAUGAAAGUCAUAUUGAGAAUCGUAAAUCUUUGGACCUGGACGGUCUUUAUGAUUCUCCGAGAACACGUCGUUUGAGUGUUACACGAAUUAAAUUGGUGAGCAAUAAAGUUUUGAGGGACGAAGAUGGAGUAGAGGGCGGAGACAGAGAUGAAGACCGGCUGUACGAAAUUCCCCGACCGAGAGACGAAUUUGAUGAUCAGGGGGAUGGUAAAUUAGUGGCUGAGGUUCGAAAGAAAUCUUUACAGUCUCUUAAUUUGGAGAUGUCUAAUCCAGCGAUUGCUGCUGCUGCAGAAGGUUCUUAUUCGGAUCCCGAGUGUCCAGAAGAAAGUCUCAAGACACGGGAGAAACGUAGAAAGCACCGGCGAUUAGGUAAGGCUUGGACUCGCAUGCGAUCUUGGCUGCGUGAUGAGAAAUUAAAGCUCGAAGAAGUUGUUCAAAGACACGCUAAACUCCAGGCCGUUGGUGCACUUCGUGCUCAGCAAAAUGAUCGUGACGUUAUCAAGGGUAAUCGCUGCGGAUUUUAUGACCUGGUAGCAGCCCGUAACCGGGAAUUCGGUGCAGUCGUUGAGGAGCAAGAGGAAGGUCAGGUCACUUCAAUCGCGAAAGUAUCUCAUGAUAUUAAAAGCCCAGAAUAUGAUUAUGUUGGUAGUGAUCAUGUGGAGGAUGAAGAUGGGGAUCAUGAUGAUGAUGAUGAUGAGAAUUCUCACGACCUACAGACCCGGAAGACGCCGGAAUGUUGUCAAGUUGAGAAAGUGGAUAUGCCGGGCAAGCCGGAAGUGAUGCGCGGAAAACUACGGAAGAGGAUUGCCAGCUCGGAGAAUGUCAGUAGGAUAAAGCUCAAGCUGACUCCAGUAUCUUUUAGUCUCGACAACUUGUGCAAUGAUGAUAAUGAUGAUAAUAAUAAUAAAAAUAAUAACAAUUAUGUUAAUGUUGAUGACGAAGAUGAUGGUAAUCGUCCUAAUGAUGAUUGCGGUGGUAGUGCUGGUGGUAAUAGUGGAGAUCAGGGGCACAAGGAAAGACACAGAAUUGAAAACAAGGAAUUGCGAUCACACGUGGGGAAAGGCGGUUUAAUCAAGCGGCGAAUGCUCGGGUCAAUAAGGGGGUUAAUGGCAUCAACUCAUCUGCUGCACCAGCAUGAUACUGAAGAGACUGGUCCCGGUGGCUUCGAAGACAUACGCAGGUAUGUUAAGCAAGGCGGUGAUUUUUGCAAGGAACUUGCGGCUAUUCUUCAUGAGAGAGCUGAAUUAGAAGCUUCGUAUGCAAAAGGACUGACCAAACUGAGCAGUAAAUUAACAAAAGCGUGUUCAAAAGACCAAGGCGGAAAUAGCUCUGGAGGUGUAACUGAGGCGUGGAGAAAUGUCGGCGAAGAAAUGGAGGCCGCUGCGGAAGCUCAUCGUGCUUGGGGAAUUGCUCUGAGUGAACAACUCGCCAAACCUCUGAGGGUGGGUGUAGCAGAGGCUCAAGGCCGUUCGCGUAAGGCCAUAGAGAGUUCAGUGGACAAGGCGUCAAAAUCACUGCAAGAGUGGCGUGGAGUCGCGGCUAAAAGUAAGAAGCAGAGUUUUGCGUGUGCACGUGAAAAUGAACGGCUGCAGGAUUUGGCUCGGAUUCAAUCGAUCAGCCAAAGUCAGCAGAACAAUAACAAGACGAGUCAUCACCAUAUGACCGAGAAAGAGGUCAAUAAACUUGAGAAUAGACGGAGAAAGGCCGAGGACUCGUCACGUAGAGCUGAUACCGAGUUCUACACUGUCAGCGUGAGAGCUGAGAGAGCGAGACUCGAGUACGAGAGCACGGUGAGAAAGGGCGCCAAGCAAAUGGAAUUACUCGAGGAGGAGAGACUCAGUGCUCUUAAAGAUCUGGCUAAUGUUUAUCUUGCGCACUUACAAGCACUUGCUCCUCGUCUUCAACAGAGCGCAGAUCGUCUAGCAACGCCAGUACGUAACUGCAGUGUCUCUCAAGACAUUGAUAUCCUGAGAAAUUUAAUACGCCGUAUGGACAGCAAUGAUGCGUCAAGUGUCGACCAGCUGCUUCCUGACUUUUACGCUGAGCACGUGACCUUGGCGAUGAAUCGUGAGCGACGAAAGCAAGCACUUGUGAGAGUGAUGCAUUUAAUACGACAGGAUUUAGAUAGAGAGAGACGCGGUAGAGAAGGUCUGGAGACUCUUCAUCGUGCAUUUAUUCAAACACCUGCAUUCGCUGCCGACGAAAGUACACAAAAUGUCACGGACAAAUUGCAUCACAUGCGUUCAAUGCUGACGUAUUUGGAGGCUGCUAGGUAUAAGGUUGCUGGUGCACUCGUUGAAGUCGAGGGUGGUAAGAGGGGCAAACAUCCACUGGCUGAACACAUUCUCGUAUCGCGAGACAAGCAGGGUCUUCAGCAGAGUGUGCUGAAGAUGCCGGCGUGGGCUAAAAAUGAGGUCUUCCAAUUCCCGGAGGUCGAGGAUCUCGUUGAUGAGAUUCACUUGACAAAAGAUGCCGACAAUGAAAGACACGAGUGGAUUGAUCGCACUGCCGGUGACGGAAACUCCGAAAACCCACCCGACGAAGAAGACUUCAGUGACUUUGAUGAGUUCAGCAGCCAGUCCGAAGAUAACAACAAUCAGGACGUCGAUGGUUCUGAAAUGGGAGACAAUAAAAAUGACCGGCUCGAGCAGUGUCGCGCUAUCUACCAGUACGCUGCUAAUUUAAACGACGAGUUGAGUCUUACUCCUGGUGAUUUGAUAACGAUACAUCGGAAACAAGCGGACGGAUGGUGGAUUGGCGAGUGUGCUGGUAGAACGGGAAUAUUUCCUGCAACUUAUGUCCAAGUUAUACAUUGAAUUACAUUUAAGCUGGGCUUAACUACAGUAAUGCCUUCACAAGUGCCAAUUGCAUAUGAUUGAUCAAUUAUUUACAAUUAAAUAUUACUCUAGUUUACUAUUUUAUAAUUAAUUUAAAUAUUUAAGCGGCAAUUUCGAGUAGUCUAUUAGUUGUAUUGUAUUGUUUAAACUGUUCAUUAUUAAUUAAUUAAUUCAUUUAAAAUCACAAAAUGUUUGUUAACUAGUACAUUUAUGAAUUUAAAAUUUGAAAAGCGCUACCAAAUAAUGCACUUGUAUAUAACAUUUAAUCAUUUUAAAACUGUAAAUAGUUAUCAUUAAUGAUUAUUA